AUGGGCACGCAGUCCAACGGCAACCCCAUGUGCGACCAGACCAUCACCAUCAGCGCCAACGGCAAGGAAGUUGUUUGCACUGUCCGCGACAAGUGCAUGGGCUGCGAGCCCGAGGCCAUCGACGUGUCCAAGGCCGCCUUCCUCGAGCUCUUCGGCUCGCUGACUGCUGGUCGCACUGAGGUCAAGUGGUGGUUCAACUAA